AAGAGAGGAGAAAUAGAAACCAAAAUAAAGUAACCGCGACGUCAGCAACUUCACCAAAAAAUCAAACAUGAAAGAUGCUGCAGCCUUUUAACCUAAAUGUAAGAAAGAAAUGUGAACAUCUGACACGAUGUUGCAGUCAGAGCCUGUUGGACGCUUCACAGACGGAGCCAUAAAAACGUAUCUGAGAGGAGGAAAUACACCGGAGGAGGAGGAGGUGGUGAGGAGGAGUAGUGUGGAGGAGACUCCCUUUAACUUCACUCCUCAGCUCCUCCACCUGCACAGAGACCACCGCCUGUUUGAGGACGGGGACAUUCAGAGACACAUGUACCUGCAGGAUGUCUACACCUCAGAGACACAGGAGGACACACCUCAGCUCAGUGUGUCUGAGUUUGCCUGUCACAUCACUGGGUGCAGUGCAGUUUUCAGCACUUUGGAGGACUAUGAGCAUCACUAUAACUCCCUGCACAGGCAGGUGUGCUGCUCCUGCCACCGCUCCCUGCCGACUGCACGGCUCCUGGACAUCCACAUUCAGGAGUGGCAUGACUCGCUCUUCGCUAUCCUUGCACAGAAGCAAGAUAUGUACCAAUGCUUGGUGGAGGGCUGCGGACAGAAGUUCAGGACUGUUAAUCAGAGGAAAGACCAUCUAAUACGAUUUCACAAGUAUCCUCCAGACUUCAGAUUUAACAAAACCAGAAAAGACAAAGGAAGCAGAGAAACGGUCCAACCACAGAGAGACACAGCUAUGGAGGUGACCGACGACGUGUGUGAGUCCGAGGACAUUUAUGAAGUCGUGUGUGAUGUGGCGUCCACCCAACAGGAAGAGGAAUCCAUGGAGACGCCUGUUCCCGAGGAUGAAGCCGCUCCCCUUAAUGAGUCUGCAUCUGCUGAGCAGCAUUCAGAUGUUUCUCCUGCAGUUCACAGCACUGCGAGCUCCGCCGCUACACCUCUGAAGCCAAGAUACUCCUAUAGGGUUCCUGCAGCUGUGUGCUUUGGUCACGGCUCCAUCCGUGGCUUCAGAGCCCCGCGUGGGAGAAGAAAAUGAAACAACAGAAUGGAACUCCAUUUUCUCUUCAUUCAGAUAUCAAUUUUAUUCCAAUGUUGUGUCAGUAAAAAUAAAAUUGACUUUGCUCAAAGUGUUCUUUCCUUUUAAAAUAUGCAUU